GAACGGAACCAACGUUGAAUGGGAUAUCUUUAAAUAUGCAACCUGGAGAAUUAUUACUUGUUGUCGGUCACGUUGGAUCAGGAAAGACGUCUUUAUUAAUGUCCUUGUUGGGAGAGAUUCCAAUUACUUCUGGUGAAGUGUCUGUAAAAGGAAAGAUCUCGUAUGCUUCUCAAGAAGCUUGGGUAUUCAACGCAACUGUCAAGGAAAAUAUCUUGUUCGGAGAAGAAUAUCACGAAGACAAAUAUAGAAAAAUCUUGCAUAUCACUGCUUUAGAAAAGGAUAUUAGAUUAUUUCCGAAAGGAGAUCAGACGAUUGUAGGAGAACGAGGUGUCAUGAUGAGCGGUGGGCAAAAGGCAAGAAUUAAUUUAGCAAGGAAUAAGCCAGAUGCACUGUAA